AUGGGCAACAGCCAAGGAAAGCCAGUCGAGCUUGACGGCGAAGCGAAUCUUAAUCAUUUCCGUCUUCUUCGGGUCGUCGGCCGGGGUGCCUUUGGCAAAGUUCGAAUCGUCGAGCGGAAAGACACCGGCCUGUCCUUCGCCUUGAAAUACAUUCGAAAAGAUGAAGUUGUACGCUCGGAAAGCGUCCGCAACAUAAUACGUGAAAGGCGCAUGCUCGAGCAUGUGAACCACCCGUUCAUCUGCAACUUGCGCUACAGCUUCCAGGACAUCGAAUACAUGUACCUGGUGGUCGACCUCAUGAGCGGCGGAGACUUGCGGUUCCACAUCUCACGAAAGACAUUCACCGAGGAUGCGGUAAGGUUUUGGAUAUCCGAACUCGGAUGUGCCCUGAGGUAUGUCCACGGGCAAGGAAUCAUUCACCGAGAUGUGAAGCCGGACAACGUGCUCCUCGAUGCGGACGGGCAUGUGCAUUUAACGGAUUUCAAUGUCGCUUCCGAUAUCGUCCACGGCAAGGUCCUCACGAGCAAGUCGGGUACCCUGGCAUACUUGGCGCCCGAGGUCUACGCUGGGCAUGGUUAUGACGUGCGCGCAGACUGGUGGUCACUCGGCGUGUUGUUUUAUGAGUGCAUUUAUAACAAGAGGCCAUUCGAGGGCAGCUCUGAGUCGUCCCUGAGCACCGUCAUUCAGGCCGCCCGGCCAAAAUUUCCUGUAACCAGCCCGCCGGUAUCUCUGCCCUGCAUGUACGCCAUCAAAGAUGCUCUCGAACUCGACCCGAACAAGCGCCUAGGCUCAACAUGGGAGAGCUUCACCCAACACGAAUUUUUCGCGCCCAUUGACUUCAUCGCUCUAGAGAAGAAGGAAAUCGAGCCGGUAUUUGUGCCGUCUUCGGAGAAAACCAACUUCGAUGCCACUUAUGAUCUGGAAGAACUGUUGCUGGAGGAGGCACCGUUAGAGGCUCGCGCGCGGAGACAAAAACCCCGUGAGAGGUUAAAGGAUGACGCUACCGAUAAGGAGAUCCGUGAGGAUGAGCUAUACCGCAUGAUCGAGACCGACUUCCGACCGUUCGACUACACGCUCGCAGCAUACAAGAAAAUCACACAACAACAGGAAGCUCAAGCCACCAAGGAAGCCACCCCAUCUCCAGCCCCCAACGGAACAGCCCCCACCCCACACCCGCAACACCCGCAACACCCAAACAAUCAACCACGCCCGACAAGUAGCGGCCAACGCCGCGCCGGCGCCGCACCACCCGGCCGUCCCCCUCCGCUCCCGCCCUACCCGCAACCUUAUUCCUCCCGGAGCGCCAGCAACGGCCCAAGCAGUAACCCUAGCGGCGGCAACGGCAGUGGGAGUUACCGUGCUGGGCGAUCCGGCGGUCCGGGCAUGAUUGUGGGGAGUUCGACGGGGGGCGUGCAGGUCACGCUGGAUGGGGGCAGCAGCUGGAGUGAUCUGGCGCGGCAAGACGCGACGUUGCCUGCGGACGCGAGCGGGGCGAAUAAUGAGUUGGGGAAGGGUGAGGGAGGCUUGGGCAGUGGGAGCGGCAGUGGGAGUAGUGGGGGUGUAUUUGGGUUCUUGAGAGGGAAGAAGGGACGCGGGAACAGCCCGAAACCGAAGGAGAGGGGUGUGCUGGGGAAAGAGGGAGCGAGAGUGGUGUUGGGAUAA